AUGAUCUCCAGCAAGCCCACUCUUCUCAUCUCUGGGGCAUGGCAUAGACCAGAAUCCUAUUCAACGUUCACAAAAGCCCUCUACAUAAACAGCGCAAAGCCCCCCAGCGCAAACUGGACCACCGAUACAGACCUCAUCCGCACGUACGUUGAAAGCCUCGCAGACGCCAGCCGGACGGUAGUAGUAAUAAUGAACUCCUACGGCGGUAAAGUCGGAACGAACGCUCUUACCGGUCUUGGCGCCAAAACUCGCCAAAACCGAGGGCUUCUCGGCGGCGUUGCUCAAUUCGUCUACAUAUGCGGGUCACUUUUCACAGAAGGGGCCUGCAUCGUGGACAUAGCCAAGGAGUUUGGUAGCGCCGAUCGGCUAGCCAAUGCAUCUGAUAUAGUGAAUAUACUUUCCAAGGAGGAGUUAAAGGCUUUGAUGGUAGGUCCUGGGAUUGACGAUGCGGAUGCUGAUGCUUUGAUUUCUACGUUGACGCGGUGGAAUGGGGAUGCGAUGUUUCAGCCGCUUGAGAGGUGCGCUUGGAAGGAGAUCCCGGUGACUUAUAUUCAAAUGACGAAGGAUAUGGCUAUGCCGCUUAUGUUUCAGAAGCCCAUGGUUGAGAAGUUGAAUUCCGCUCAUAGUGUCCGCUUGAGUAUGACUGAGGAGGUGGUCAGGAUUGUAGGUAGAAUUGUGGGGAAGAAUGUGUAG